UGCAAGGGCCCACUUCUUUUUCGGGCGGAGCUCUCAAUUUUCUGCCCCGUGCCUUCUCGAACUCAACGUUGAAUCGCGACGUCGACCGUCGUCGAGGCCGUCUCUAUCGGCCCGCCUACAACGUCCGCAACCAGCCAAUGCCAUAAACGCCCUUUCCAUUUUUCCUUCCCACUCCAAAGUCGAUUAGGCACGACACACAACAGAUAGCACACACGAUGGCGCCACGGCUGCCCGCCCGCUGCUGGCGGCAGCUGCUGCGACCCUCGCCGUCAUCGGCAACCACAACCACAACUCCGACCACCCCAACCGCCGCCGCCCGCCCGCGCGUCUCGCUGCUCCUCCCCGCCUCCGCCCCGCCUUCGACACAAGCCCACCUCCUCCCGUUUACGCAAUCCCGCACCGUCAAGUCCGGUUGGUCGACGCUGCCGCCGCGCGCCAAGCCGCACCGCUUCAACCAGACGACGUCGGGCCUGCCGGCGCCGACGACGGGCCCGGCGGCGGCGCUCAAGCGCAAGGAGCGCACGACGCCGGUGCGCACGGGCGUGCUGGCCAUCAAGAAGGGCAUGACGGUGUUCAUGGGCCGCACGGGCGCGCGCAUCCCCUGCACGGUGCUGCAGCUGGACCGCGUGCAGGUGGUGCUCAACAAGACGCGCCGCAAGCACGGCUACUGGGCCGUGCAGGUCGGCAUGGGCGAGCGCGCGCCCGGCAACCUGACCGCGCCGCUGCUGGGCUACUACGAGGCCAAGGGCAUCCCGCCCAAGGAGGUGCUGGCCGAGUUCCGCGUCCGCGACGAGCGCGGCCUGCUGCCCGUCGGCGUGCAGCUCAUGCCCGACUGGUUCCAGGUCGGCCAGCGCGUGGACGUGCGGAGCAACUGCCGCGGCAUGGGGUUCGCCGGCGGCAUGAAGAGGCACGGCUUUGCCGGCCAGGAGGCGAGCCACGGCAACUCGCUGAACCAUCGAACGAUCGGGUCGGCCGGCCCGAGCCAGGGCGCCGGGUCGAGAGUGCUGCCGGGGAAGAAGAUGCCCGGGCGGAUGGGGGGCCACCGGGUGACGGUCCAGAACCUGCCGGUGCUGAUGGUGGAUAACGACUUGGGGAUUGUGGUGGUGAAGGGGUGCGUGGCCGGGCCGAAGGGUGCCGUGGUCAAGAUUCAGGAUGCGUGCAAGAAGCCGCCGCCGAGCGACGAGUUCAUCGAGAAGACGCGCAAGCAGCUCGAGGAGCGGUUCCCGGACGCCGAGGCGCACUUGCAGGCCGCGCGGGUGCGGCACCUGGAGCUGAAGGAGGCGAGACGGCAGAAGAGGAUAGCGGAGCUCAUGGAGCAGGGCAUGAAGCCGACCGAGGAGCAGGCGGAUGCGAUUGAGCAGAUCAUUGCGGCCAGCGCGCGGAAGGAGAGCGCGGAGCAGACGCCUGCGAACUUCUGAUAGGAGUUUUUGUGGAGGAGCCUUUGUUGUUCGUCGUCGACUCUUGUAUCAUACAAUAUACAGUACAUGUAACAGUAACGCGGUAUAAGAGUUCAGUUCCUUUUUUUAUUUUCCUCGCGU